UUGAACGAAAAUUGCCCGCAAAAGCCUUGGAGUGAAUGGUCGCCUUGCUCAUCGACUUGCGGUAAAGGAUUCAAGGAAAGGUACCGUUUGUCGUUGGAAUUUACAGGCAAAAAGGCUAUCUAUUGGCCAUUUUUUAAGAAAAACGAAGAUGAAUUCGACGAAGAUGAUCCCUGCAAUAAUCAGAAAGUGAGAGAAACUGUAGAAUGCUUCAAUCCGCCUUGUGAUGGGAAACCUAUAAUAACCGAAAUGGCUUGUGGACUCCCUAAAGAUGUUGGUGCUUGUAAAAGUAACGUCGACAGGUGGUAUUUCGAUACAAUAAGGGGCCACUGUGAAAUAUUUAGUUACAGCGGUUGUGAGGGAAAUAUGAACAACUUUAAUACCUUGGAACAGUGUCAAACUCUCUGCUCAAAGUUUCAAA